AUGGACAAGCUCCUCCUGCUGGGCCUACCCACCCUGCUCUGCUACUUUAAAGCACUAUCUGGGUCACUUCCAGAAAAUGAUCACCUGGCAUGGGAAAUUGUUCAGUGUAGGAUGUGCCACCUCCAGUUUCCAGGAGAACAUUGUUCCAAAGGAAGAGGAAUAUGCAUUGCAACGACAGACGAGGCCUGUGCAGUUGGGAGGAUUUACAAAAAUGAUGGAACUCCCUGGUUAACCUUCAUGGACUGCAUUAAGAACUGUGCCGACGUCGACAAUAUAAGCUGGAGUAUCUAUCGGGUGAACUACAGGUGCUGCAGGAGCCAUGACUUGUGCAAUGAAAAGCUCUAG